AUGUCUCUCCCCACGCGCCAGCUUGGCAAGGACGGCCCGCAGGUCACCGCGCUUGGCCUGGGCCUGAUGGGACUGAGCAUGGCGUACGGCCCGCCCAAGCCCGACGCCGAGAGGAUGGCCUUCCUGGACAAAGCCUACGAGCUGGGAGAGCGAAACUGGGACACCGCCGACAUGUACGGCGACAACGAAGACCUGCUAGGCCGAUGGUUCGCGGCGCACCCCACCCGCCGGCCCACCAUCUUCCUCGCCACCAAAUUCGGCAACCGCCUCGACGCCGCCACGGGCGCGCGCUCCAUCGACUCGUCCCCGGCCUACUGCAAAGCCGCGCUCGAGCGCUCCCUCGGCCGGCUCGGCCUCCCCUCCGUCGACCUCUACUACUGCCACCGCCUCGACGCCGCCACGCCCAUCGAGCUCACCGUCCGCGCCAUGGCCGAGCUGCAGGCCGCCGGCAAGAUCCGGCACAUCGGGCUCAGCGAGUGCUCCGCGGCGAGCCUGCGGCGCGCGUGCGCGGUCGCGAAGGUGGCGGCGGUGCAGGUCGAGUACAGCCCGUUUGCGCUGGAUGCGGAGGCGGAGCGCGUGGGGCUGCUGCGGGCGUGUCGGGAGUUGGGGGUGGCGGUCGUGGCGUACAGCCCGCUCGGGAGGGGGAUGCUGUCGGGCGCGAUCAAGUCGCCGGAGGAUUUUGCGGGGGAGGGAGACUUCAGGAGCGUGUUGCCGCGGUUUCAGGGGGGGAAUUUCGUGAAGAAUUUGGAGUUGGUGCGGAGGAUUGAGGGGAUUGCGAGGGGGAAGGGGGUGACGAGCGCGCAGUUGACGCUGGCGUGGCUGUUGAGGCAGGGGGUGGAUGUGGUGCCCAUUCCCGGGACGACGAGGGUGGAGGGGUUGGUGGAGAAUUUGGGAGCGUUGGAGGUGGAGUUGACGGAUGAGGAGGAUAGGGUGGUGAGGGAGGCGAGUGAGGGGGCGGAGGUGGCGGGUGAGCGGUAUCCCGAGGUCUUUAUGAAGGCGUGCUUUGCGGAUACGCCGCCGUUGGAGGGUUGA